AUGUUUUGUGUAUGUUUACAGGGUAAAGUAAAAUGUUCCGAACUUCGUACGAAGGACAAAAAAGAGCUCUUCAAGCAACUUGAAGAGUUAAAAACGGAGCUUACCAACCUAAGGGUAGCUAAAGUUACUGGAGGUGUUGCAUCAAAACUAUCAAAAAUCCGUGUUGUACGGAAAGCUAUAGCUCGAGUAUACAUAGUUUAUCAUCAGAAAAUGAAAGUGAAUCUUCGUAAUCACUAUAAAAAUAAGAAGUACAAGCCUUUGGACUUAAGACCUAAGAAGACUCGUGCAAUGCGCAAGGCCCUUAGCAAACAUGAAGCAAAGAUCAAAACAAAAAAAGAGAUCCGGAAGAAAUCCAUCUUUCCUCCAAGAGUGUAUGCUGUUAAAGCUUAA